GGUUGGAAUAGCUGCUUGGGUAUAGGUCCGCUUCCUCUUCGUCUUUCCCAGGUUCCUGUCUGGCUGCUGGUGGCUACUUGCUGAGCCAAACCAGCACUCAUGGUCUUUAUGUACCGUCUAAUUAAAGCAAAAACUUUCCUACUAUUGACAUCACCAGUGCCUGUGCCCUACAUUUCCCGCCAAAUUUGUUCUGGGCUUCUCUCAAUCAGAAAGAUGAAUGGUGGAAAAGACAGCGUAAGUGAAGAUUCAAUGCCCGGUAGAGGGGGAGCUGGCAUCAAGUUGAGGCCUUCGCCUGAUUGUAUUGAUCGGAGAGAAUGUAGGGGUGCCGUGGAAACUAGUAGCGAUAGUUUAGGUGUUAGGCAUGGAAGUUUCGGUAAAAGGAGAAGUAGAAUUGAUCUUCGAUCAGAGCAGAGGAGUGGGGAUGGUAACUCAUCGAAAUUCGGGAACAAGAACAUUCCUGCUCAUGUUAAAAGAUCUAAAUCUGGCCAGAGUUAUCGCAAGCCUGAUGAAGGUGGCAAUCAUGUUGCACCAUUUGAUAUCUGCCUUUCUGGGAGUAGAGAUUCUGCUGUUUUGAAGUCCUUGCAGGAAAUGGAGGAAAAUCAGGAAAAUGUUGAACAUCCCAUUGAAGAGAGUGGUGGACAAGGAGUGUUGCGGCCUGGGAUGGUUCUUCUAAAACGUUAUAUUUCCCUCGGUGAUCAGAUUGAAAUGGUGAAGACUUGCCGAGAAAUUGGUCUGGGCCCUGGGGGAUUUUAUAGGCCUGGUUACAAAAAUGGAGCAAAGCUUCGUCUGCAGAUGAUGUGUCUUGGUUUGAACUGGGAUCCUGAGACAAGAAAAUAUGAAGAUCGAAGCCCAGCUGACGGUUGUAAGCCUCCUUGUAUUCCUCGUGAAUUUAAUCAGUUGGUUGAAACAGCAAUUCAAGAUGCGCAUGGUCUUCUAGGAAAGGACUGUACAUUAAGCAAUGUGGAAGACGUGCUUAAGGUCUGUACAUUAAGCAAUGUGGAAGACAUGCUUCCCACGAUGUCUCCAGACAUAUGCAUCGUGAACUUCUACACAACCAACGGGCGGCUUGGGCUCCAUCAGGAUCGUGAUGAAAGCUCAGAGAGUCUUGACAAAGGAUUGCCUGUUGUCUCCUUCUCAGUAGGGGAUUCUGCAGAAUUUCUCUAUGGGGAUCAGAGGGAUGUGAACAAGGCAGAUAAAGUUGUAUUGGAAUCAGGAGAUGUGUUGAUAUUUGGUGGCAAGUCUAGACAUAUAUUUCAUGGCGUAACAUCUGUAAUCCCAAAUUCUGCCCCCAAGGCUUUAAUUGAAGAAACCAGGCUUCGUCCUGGCCGUCUCAAUCUUACGUUCAGACAGUACUAGAAACCUUCAACCUUAAUCUGUGCUUCACAUUCUGGACAUGUUUCCCCUCUCAUCUACCCUUAGCGGACUGCAAGUCUUACCUUUUCAUCUGUAACAAAUUUUAGUUCUUGUUUUACCGGUAUAGAUUGUAUAAAUUCGUAUUCUACACAGUUUUGCA